UCUGCUUCCAUGACUUUGCAUGUGUGAAGUUGAAUUUAAACUAUUUAAAAAAAAAAAAACACUUUAUUCUAAAGCGUUUUCGUCAUGUUUUACCCAACUGACUGCAAGACGAACAACUGGACAAACUGCACAUUGAUACUGCCGACGGUCUCUGUGGGAAAUGUAGCACAGCUGGCAGUGGAUCUUCUGGUGUCGACAUUGUCGAUGAAUCGUGUCGGGUACAUUCUUCACGAGAGCAUUCUGCCCAUGUGUGGAAAUAACCCUUUUGCAUCUAACAAGGAUAAAGCCUGCCGUCUAUGUACAAGCUGUGAAGUGUUUGAAAGCAGCAGCGAUAACUUUGUGGUUGUCCAGCAGAGAGCACCAUUUAUUAGGGGAAAGAAAAAAAUAUUUUUCAAAUGGUUUUCAGAGUGGAUUCGAGCACAGAAUUUUUCUAGAGUGAUCAUUUUGACAAGUAGUUUUGCUGAGGAAAGACUGGACAAACAGAUACAAGGGUCUCCCCUGCGAUUUUUGGUGUCUACUGCCAUAGAAAAACAGGAUGGAGAACUCUUCAGAGAUAAACUGAAUUGGCAGGAGUUAGAGUUACGUCCCCUGCCACCUGGACUGUCUAGUGAAAAUGACAAUAAGCCGACAGUGUAUAUUCCAGGAAGCGGAAUAGCCAAGAACCUGUUUGAAGAUCUCUCGGACCUCCCAGUGGCGAUGUUGCUCAUGUUUUGUUCAGAAGGAGAUAACUCCAAUGAUGCUGUCACUCUCGUCAAUUACCUCAACUCCUGGAUCAACGUUGUCACGGUCAAGCCGAAGUCCGACGGAGAAUGUGGCGAUAUAGCUCAAGAUACAAUGUUAUGGAAGGUCCCCAUUUCUUGGAGACUGGUUUUUGGCAGCAAAGUCGAUCAGACACUGUUCCACUGAAACCACUGAUGUGUGAUGGGGUCGACUUCAGUCGAUCAGACACUGUUCCAUUGAAACCACUGAUGUGUGAUGGGGUCGACUUCAGUCGAUCAGACACUGUUCCAUUGAAACCACUGAUGUGUGAUGGGGUCGACUUCAGUCUAUCAGACACUGUUCCACUGAAACCACUGAUGUGUGAUGGGGUCGACUUCAGUCGAUCAGACACUGUUUUAGUGAAAUCACUGAUGUGUGACAAGUUAAGCUUCAGUUGAUCCGAAACUGUUCCAUUGAAAUAACUGAUGUGUGACAGAUUUGGCUUCAGUCGAUCAAACACUUUUCCACUGAAACCACUGAUGUGUGACUGGUUCAGCUUCGGUUGAUCAGACACGGUUCUACUGAAACCACUGAUGUGUGACAGAUUUGGCUUCACUUGAUCAAAUAGUGUUCUACUGAAAGCACGGAUGUGUGACAGAUUUGGCUUCACUGGUCUACUGAAAGCACGGAUGUGUGACAGAUUUGGCUUCACUUGAUCAAAUAGUGUUCUACUGAAAGUACGGAUGUGUGACAGAUUUGGCUUCACUGUUCUACUGAAAGCACGGAUGUGUGACAGAUUUGGCUUCACUUGAUCAAAUAGUGUUCUACUGAAAGCACGGAUGUGUGACAGAUUUGGCUUCACUGUUCUACUGAAAGCACGGAUGUGUGACAGAUUUGGCUUCACUUGAUCAAAUAGUGUUCUACUGAAAGCACGGAUGUGUGACAGAUUUGGCUUCGCUGUUCUACUGAAAGCACGGAUGUGUGACAGAUUUGGCUUCACUUGAUCAAAUAGUGUUCUACUGAAAGCACGGAUGUGUGACAGAUUUGGCUUCACUGUUCUACUGAAAGCACCGAUAGGUGACUGGUUCAGCUUCACUCGAUCAAAUACUGUUCGACUGAAACCACUUGAACUCGAUUAAACACUAUCACUGAUGUGUGACAGGUUCUGCUUCACUGAACAUACUCGGCACCAGCAUCAGAGUCCUGUUUAUGACAGCGAGGAAAAGGAUUGUUUAUUUGAUGGACCUCAGUGCAUUGUUGAAUUAGGAGCAGCUGUCGGAUGUUGAACAUACAAUAUUUGUGAUAUUGUGUCUUUAGAAUGAGAGAAGAGACCUGCUGCCAUCACACAUAUGCUACACUUAUUGAUUACCAGCAAGCAGGGUUUUUGCCAGAGGGUAAAACUGGUAUGGCGUCAUACCCAAUUUUUUUGGCAGAUUUGUUUUUUAAUUUAACCUUUUGACAAAAUUAAUUAGUCUUAUCAUUACUGUAUGAAUUUCUUAAC